AUGAGAAAUGUCGAUCCUUUAAUAUCAUUACCAAAUGUAAAACCACAUGUAAAUGAUCUGCUUUUUAAAAAUGUAUCCAACCCAACGGCUGACUUAAUAGUCAAGUAUAAUCGAAUACUCGAAUUAGCUCAUGAGAAUGAAGCACGCGUCGCAUAUAUUUUCGAUGACAUGAAACGUAAUAAUAUUGUUAUAAUGUUAUACAUAAAAAGCCGGAGACGAAACAAAAAAUUUUUAAAUGCAAUUAAAUCAUUACACCCGACUAUACUUUAUAAGAGAAGAUCUAAUGAACCACCUCCUCUGAAGCUCACAAAAAGAGAUCCAGUUGCUACUAUAACUUCUAUUACAUUACUUGGAGAAAGAAUAACUAGUCAAGAUGAUUAUAAAUUUGCAAUUGGUUUUUUCGCGAAAGAUAAAACAAACCCAAAUCUAAUUUACAUGGUAACCGCAGGACAUUGCGCUUCUCUGAACGAGACAAUCUUUUAUUACGGAAGGGUAAUUGGAGAAGUAACUUCAUGUAAACUUGCCCCAUUCGAAUAUAGCUUAAUCAAAAUAACAGAUGAUAACUUCAAAUCGUCAGCAAUUAUAAAGAAUACAAAUUCGAGUUUAUAUAAUCAAUUAUUUGUCAACGAUGUUACGACUCCAUCUAGUAUUGGCGUUCAUUCAUGCAAAUCUGGCCCCUAUUCAGAUGUUACCUGUGGGAAUGUAAUAUCAUUAAAUGUGCUUUAUAAAGAUCUCGGGGAAAUACAACGUACAUUCAUAACAAAUAUGAUAUCUCUUGAAGGUGAUAGUGGUUCGCCUACAUUUUCUUAUUCAUCGGAUUUACGCAAAGUAAGUCUAACUGGUAUAGUCGAUGGAGGUUAUUAUGGGACGACAACUGUUACGUCGAUAAAAGAAAUUCUUGAACAUGCUAAUUUAGAACCUAUAACGCAUGAUUUCUCACUUAUCAAUUGA